UUCUUAAACUGCAGGAUUGAAAUCAACACCAGACAUGCCUACUUCCUAGAGUUGUGGGAAUCAGAUGAGAUAAUGGGCAUAAAAUAUGAAUUACUGAUGUUAACUCCCUAUGACUUUCUGCUUUUCAAAUUCGUUCCUGUGGAGGCUGGACUGUCAUUGUAUAACACACAUAUAUAACAGUGGUAACAUGCAGCCUAGUACCACUUUGGUGCCAAAUAUCUCUUAAGCCUAGAUGGCUCCUUUAUCUGCUUACCCAGGGUUCAGGAUAGCAUUUUCUAUAAAUGCAGAAGUGUUACUUGUUUGGGAUGAAUUCUUACUUUAGACUGAUGUAGAUAGCAUAAAGCAAAAGUAGAUAAACUCACAUAACUGCUUUGCUGUGUUCUGGGUCCUUGUGGAGGCUCUGAGGGGAAGAUCCAUUUCCUUGCCUUACUCAGUUUCUGGUGGCCACUUCUAUUCCUUGGCUUGUCACUUUUGCUCCAUCUCAGAGUAUAUCACUGCGAUCUCUGCUUCCAUUAUCGUAUCACCUCUCUAGUCAGAUAUCCCUCUUGACUUCUUAUGAGGGCACUUGUGCUUAUAUUUAGAUAAUCCAGGGUCAUCACUCCAUCUCAGGAUCCUUUAUUUAUUACAAAAUUCCUUGUCAUAUAAGGAAUUACAGGUUUCAGAAAUUAGGUCUUGAAUGUCUUUGGGGGCCAUUAUUUAGCUUACCACAAAGGAUAUAAUAAAAGAUUCUAUCCUAGUAUCUUAAAUCCUAGUAGGAUAUACUAUGAGAGGGAAGAAAAACCACAUUAAAUGAUUCCCAAAUUGCUGUGAAAAGACCCUUCUAAGUUACUAUAGGUUCAUAUUUCUCCAACUUCUACAAUGGGAAAUGGUAGAGGCAAAUGGUAUUCCUGUGAUAUCUGGACACAGUCUGAGUUUACCUCUUAAAAAACUGAAAUUUCUUUGAAUUCUAAUCUACCUUAAAAAUUCGUGUGAAUUUGCAUCCAUUUUCCUAAAAGUCCCCUUAUUUAAUGCUGUUUUGAAUUACUUGCCAUAUCAUACGUAACAUUGCUGUUUAGGGCAAUAGACUUUAUUUUGUGGUUUCUUAGGAUAGCCAGUUUACUAUAGUCAUAGGUGUGUGUUCCCCAGUUUAAGAAGCAUGACCUCAGGUGAUGGGGAUUCUUCAUAAGGAAGCCAUUUAAGCAACCAAAUAAGGAGUCUGGGUCCCAUUGCUCCUAAAGCUACAAUAUGCACUCGGCUUCAAGGAGAACUGGACUGACAGUUACUCAUCAUUGAUACCCUCAAUCCCCCUGGAAAGAAGAUGGUAGCUCUAAUGACUUCAGGUUUUUGUCAUAUGGUCAGAAGAUAACCAUCUUCUGUCUGUUCUGUCUGGCUGGAAUUCCCAAUUCCCAGGAGACAGGAUCUGAUGGAUUGAGUUCAUUACCAUCCAGUAUGGAUAUGUUGGAAUAAGAUAAUGUAUGCAAAAGAGCCCUGCUCUGAGUACGCAUUCAGUAUAUAAGCAUUAUUCAGUAAAGAUCUCUGCUUCUUGCAUGAAGUUAAAAGGGGAAAGGACAAGGAAAAGCACAUAUGGGACAUUUCUAUGGGCCAGGCCUGGAAGUGAUCUGUGUUACUUUUUCUCAUGUUCCUUUGGCUCAAACUCUUGUCACAUAGCGACACCUAACUUGUCUGGUUGUAUGUCUAGCUAGUGAUCUGCUGAUGGAUUAGUAGUCUCUACUACAAUGGGCAAUACCUCUAGUCAGCUGCUUAAGACUUGUUCUAAGCCCUUAGUUUCCAGCAGUUAGUUUCUUUGCCUUAUGAAUUCUCCAUGGCAUCCAGAUGCCUCUAGAUAACUCUAUUGGAGCAAGUCCUUUUUAAGCUGGCUGCAAGCUAUGCUGUUGUCAGGUGCACAGUAGUAAGCUUCACAUCCUUUGCCCUGCCAAAGUGGAUGUUCAGGCCAAAACUGCAAUGCAGCCAUUUCUCCUUGUUCUGUUUGAGCAGGUAGACAUUCACAGUGGUCUCAGACUUUUCCAGGCAUGGAUCCUGUAUCAACAGUCUCAGGGGGGAUCAGGCCAAGGUCCAAGUUUGAACUACUCUGAUGCAUGUUAAAGAGGGGAGUAAGGGAAAAAUUCCACAAUAUUUUUCCACAAAAUAACUAACAAAGAAAUUAUUUUUUCAACCUCUUCACUUGGUGUUUUUAUUCCAUCAAAAUGGGUGUGAAGCUAAUGAUUACAAAACUACUUUGAGGCCAUCUUUGCAAGAACAAUGUGGGUGCUCUAUCAGCUAACUUACAGAUGUGAGGAUUUUUACAAGCCUUGGAUGCCACUUCUAAUAUGGAGAAGAUUGAGGAACAAUUUGCUAAUCUGAACAUUGUUAAACGUUCCUUGAGAACUAAAGAGCCUACUUAUCUGCUUGGCAUAGACACAUCAAAGACAGUUCAGGCAGAUAAAGGAAGCUUGGCUGCUGUUUUAUGUUCUAAAGGAUCCAUCAGAAUAUAUGAUAAAGAAAGGUUAAACAUACUACGAGAAUUUAGUGGAUAUCCUGGAAUUCUUAAUGGAGUCAAAUUUGCAAAUUCUCAUGACAGUGUAUAUUCAUCUUGUACUGAUGGCACUGUAAAAUGUUGGGAUGCUCGAUUAGCCAGUGAAAAACCUGUCCAACUGUUCAAAGGUUACUCUUCCAAUAUUUUUAUCAGUUUUGAUAUCAACUGUGAUGAUCAUGUCAUUUGCGCUGGCACAGAAAAAGUUGAUGAUGAUGCAUUGUUGGUAUUUUGGGAUGCAAGAAUUAAUUCUCAGGAUUUGUCUACUACUAAAGAUCCACUUGGUGCAUAUUCAGAGACACAUAGUGAUGAUAUCACUCAAGUAUGUUUCCAUCCCAGCAAUCCCAACAUGGUAGUCUCAGGUUCAACUGAUGGCCUGGUAAAUGUAUUUGAUAUUAGUGUUGAUAAUGAAGAAGAUGCACUGGUCACAACUUGUAACUCUGUUUCCUCAGUAAGCCAUAUUGGUUGGGCUGGGAAAGAUUAUAAACAGAUUUACUGCAUGACACACGAUGAAGGAUUUUGUUGGUGGGAUCUUAAUCAUCUGGAUACUGAUGAACCAAUUACAUGUUUAAACAUCCAGAAUGUCAGAGAAGGAAUUAAUAUGAAAGAAGAUACAUUAGAUUAUUUGAUUGGCGGCCUGUAUCAUGAGAAGAUGGACAGACUGUUUAUAGUUGGAGGGACAAACACAGGAGUCAUUCACUUGCUGAGCUGCAGUGCAACAGGGCUGGUCUACAUGUGCAGCCUCCAGGGAGGGCAUUCCGCAACAGUCCGUUCUUUCUGUUGGAAUGUGCAGGAUGAGUCUUUGCUAACCGGCGGAGAAGAUGAACAGUUGUUACUGUGGAAACCUGGAGCAGUAGAGAAGACACUUACAAAGAAAGGCAGCAUGAAAAUAGCAUCCUCUGUGUACCAGCGAGUUCGAGUUCAUGGUAAUGAUUCUUACAAGAAAAGGAAAAAGCAGUGAAAUUACAUUGGAGUUUACUUGAUAGGUUUUACAGUUAAAAAUAAUUAUUUUGGGGUGCUACCUGUGGUAGACAUGUUUAAAGCUUAUAGGUAAAAACAAGCCAAUUAGCAUAUGAUCCAGGGGAAAUUGUUGAGAAUGGUUUAAUUCAGGUCUUCAUGUAUUCUAAAAUUAUUUUUUUUUAAACUGCCAGUUGAGUAUAUAAUCAGUGAGUUGAAAGUAAAAUUAUAUACCUCAUUUUUAAAACCCAUCUGUUGAGUUAGUUAAUGUUGGGUUUAAAGAAAUAGCUUUGAUAAGGACUUUUUAGAAGUAGAUGGCUGGUGUGACUUAAAGAAGCAGGUGGUUUGAGCCAUGUUUUUUAAGCUCGGUUUUUUACAUGUUAAAUCAUCUUCACUAUUUAUAAAACCAAAUCAGACAGUUUUCUUCAUUUGAGGAACUCCUGUUGCUUCAUCCAUAGAUUACUUUUAAAUAUAAAGAUAAUGAGUCUAAAUAGAAUUAAACUUUUUUAGAAAUAAAAUUAUUUGCAUCUACUUAAGAAAAAUAUAUUUAGUAAAUAUUUGCAUCUGUAAUACUGCUGGUUAAGCAGUAAACAGGUGUUUCACUGAUGAAAAGGAAAUGGUCUUGGAAAUUACAUUUGGAGACUCAAAUAUUAAAAAAAGAAAGUAUAAUAGCGGAGUGAUUUUUUAUUUCAAAAUAUUCUAAUAUUUUGAUAAAAUUUUCUCCCAUGGCGUUUCAUCCAUAAUGUGAAACAUGAAGUUUUGUUUACUGCUGAUUUUUUCAUCCUUUUUAAAUAUUUCUCCAAAGACUCUUACUUAAAAAGUUGAUCUCUCUAAAGGUUUGGAAUCUUUUAUUUAAUUAGAACUGAAAAUAUCUUCUGAAUUAGAAAUAUUUUCUUGAAAAGUACAAAUGUUACUUUAGAGCUUUCAAAAUUUCUCUUUAAAUAUUGAUAGACUUGUCUCAGACUGUGACAGUGGGAGACAUUUUUAUUUUUCUAUAAAACAAUGCAACUUACGUUUACCUAUGAUCUAGCUAAACUCACUUGAGACUAAACUAUAGGUAAGUCACAUUAAACAUAUUCAAAAUAAUGUAAUUCAUACUUGGAGAAAUUCAGCUAUUCUUGCUGUUGUCAAAACAAAAAACCUGAGGGUAGUUGUGGACUUUCCCCCUUUUUCCUAACGAGAUAAUCACCAACUCCUAUACUAUUCCACCUCCUAAAAUCUAUCAGCUAUUCUUUUUGCCUUUAUCCCAGGACUACUGCCUUAGAUAAGACUUUCAUCAUUUCUCCCCUAGAUUACAGAACCUCUCCAAUCUGCUCCAGUUCAUUCUUCCCACCACUUCUAGGCUGAACAUCAAAAAACAGCUUGAAAAUGCCUCAUACUGCUUAAAAUCUUUGGCCAGUUUGGAUCUAUUGAUGGAGCAGUUUAAGUAAAAUGAGAAACUGUGUUUCAAGAAAGAUACUUAGGAUAUGAAAUAAUUCUGACUAUGUUAUAAGUGGAAAAGCUGGUUAAAAAGACUUGCAUUUAAAACAUAUCAGGAAAUGAAAUGGAGUUAUCAAAACAGCUUUUAAAAAGAUUUAAAAUUCAGAAGUAAUUAAUAGAUUUGGAAGGUGCAGGUGAGGAAAUAUCUCUGAAAGUAGAACUCAGAAAGUGAGAAAAAGUAAAAGCCACAGAAGAUAUAUAAAGGAGUCUAAUAUCAGAUGUAACAGUUUUAAAAAGUGAAAUAAAAAUUUUAAAGGAGGAGGAGAGAGAUUAUUAAAAGGAAAUAACAAAAGAGGCUAUCCCAGAACUUCAGUCUUCAGAUUGAAAGGCCCAUAGUGUCAAGUAUAAGAAGGACAAAGACCCAGGCCAAGGCAUAGCACUGUGAAGUUUCAAGUUUCAAACUCCCAAGAAUAAAGAGAAAAUCUUAGAAGUUUCCAAAAUGGGAAAAAAAACAGUCAUUUAGGAACAAGAGUAACAUCUACAUGAGACUCCUCUUUAGCAAAUCUGAGUGACAAAAAAUGGUGGAUUGAUGUCUUUACAUUUCUAAGGACAAAUUCCUGGGAUCUGAACUUAACGCUCUCCAAACUCAUGAAGCAAAUAGAUAACAAUAAAUCUUUUUGAGAUGUCCCUUGCUAAGUGAACAUUUCCUACUUGCUCUCUGGAACUCAGGAACCAAAUAUCUAACAAUAUCUAUUGGUAACCAAACACAUUGGUGAGCCCAGGAAAUAAAAGAUUUGCAUUUCAGGAGACAGUUCCUUUCCCAAGCUACAAUUAUAUGACUAGUCAAGCUUUCCUUAUAUAUGAAGGUAAAAACAUUUUCAGGUGUACAGAAUUUAAAACCUUUUAUGCCACUUUUUAAAAGGAUCCUAUAUGAUGUACUCCACAAAAAAUAAGGAAGUGAAUCAAGGAAGACAGAAGAUACCAGAAAUCAGGGCACCAACCCAGCAUAGUAGCAGGGCAACAGCUUGUUAGCAGGCUCACAGUAUUCAGUCCAGACUGGAACAAGAGGGCAAGAGAUACUAGGAGGGAGAUGUCUAAAUAGACAAAUGAGCAGAUAUGUUACCCUGUGCAUUCAACAAUGUGGAAAGUGGUAUAAGUGAAUUAAAACUCAUCAGUUAAAACACUCAUUGAAAAUUAUUUAAAAAUAAAAGUUUUAAGAUUUAAAAGUAAAUAGAUUAACUAAAAAGACAGGUUAAAAAAUAAGAGUGAGGAAAGGUGUAUACAAACCUACAAAGUGGGAGUAAAUAUUUGCAAAUAAUGUAUCAGAUAAGAACUUGUAUCCCAAACCUUUUUCUUUGUAAAGGGGGUAAAACUUACCACUCAAUAGUAAAAGGCAAUUAACCCAAUUUUUUAAAUGGUCAGAGGAUCUGAAUAGACAUUUCUCCAAACAAGAUAAAUAAAUGGUCAAUAAACACACAGAAGAAGAUGCUUAACAUCAUUAGUUAUCAGGGAAAUGCAAAUCAAAACCACAAUGAAAUACCAAUAGGAUGGCUAUAAUAAAAGAAGUAUUGAUGCGAAGGUAAAUAUCCUGCUACUAGGAAUGUAAAAUGGUAUUGCUGCAGUCUAGCAACUCAAACAUUUAAACAGUUGCCAUUUGACCCAACAGUUCCACUUCUAGGUAUAUCCUGAAGAGAACUGAAAUCAUAAGUCCAUACAAAACUUGUACAUAUAUGUUCAUAACAGCAUUAUUCAUAAUAACCAGAAGGUGUUACCAGUCUGAAUGUCUCAGUUUAUGAAUGGGUACAUUAUGCUAUUUUCAUGCAAUACAAUAUAUUAUUCAGCCAUAUACAUACUACAACUUAGAUGAAUCUUGAAAAUAUGCUAAGCAUAAGUAGCCACAAAGGCCACAUAUUAUAUGGUUUCAUUUACAUCAAAUGUACAAAAUCUAUAAAGAAAGAAUAUAUAUUAAUGGUUGCCUAGGACUGGGAUGUCGGGGGGAAUAUGGGAGGUUUGGUGGAUGAUCACUAAAGGGUAUGAGAUUUCUUUGAGGGUGAUGAAAAUAUUCUGAAAUUGAUUGUGAUUAUGGUUGUACAAUUCUGAAUAUACUAAAAACGACUGAAUUGUACAUUUCAAGUAGAUAAUUGUAGUGAAUUUUAUCUGAAUAAAGCUGUUACGUGUG